UGUUUUCAUAAUACCACGUUUCAUAAAGGUAGUUCUCGUUUUACAUUCGAGUUACAAGAACACAAGAAGUGAUUAAAAACAGAACUGCAAGCAUAAUCAUGUCGAAAUAUAAUUGGACAAGGCAAGAGACAAAAGAUUUAAUAACACUGUAUGAGAUCAAUGAGUGUUUGUGGAAUAAAAAUCUACGUGAAUAUAAGGAUCGAGAUGAACGGAUAUCCAGUAUACAAUCGAUCGCGGAUGAGAUGAAAAUUUCUAUUGAGGAGAUAAAUAAAAAGAUUCAUAAUCUACGGAAUCAGUAUCGCUUUGAAUUGAAUAAAAUGAAAAAAAAUGUACCUGGAAAGCCAAGAUACCAAACAAAGUGGCCGUAUUUCAAGAACUUGAGCUUUUUGGAGAACAUUGUGUCGGUUCGUGGAAGCACUACAACGCCAAAUAAUACAAAUGGUGAUUAUUCUGAGGGAAAUGAAUAUAGUGUGGAAAAGUAUGACGACGAGAAUGAGAACUCAAAUGAUAAGACGAACGGUAGCACGACAAAUAAUGAAGCAACCACAAUUCUCACCACGUCAAACAAUAACAACAAUACACAACCUCAGCAAAUAUUUCAUGUGUCGGUAGAGUACGAAGAGGAAACAACAAAACCAAAAAUUAAAACAGAAAUGUCAGGUCGAAAGAGACGAUUGAUUACAAAAGAUGCUAUUGAAUUAGCUACACAGUCAAAUUUGCUUAAUCAAUCAACACCGAUAAGUACAAAACCAACACCGACAAUAAUAAUUGAUGAUAAAUCUCAGGACGUUGUCUUAAAAAAUGAUGCCGAAGAGACAAAAUCCGUACGUAAUGAAGAGUCGUCAAAGAAGCUAGAUAAUUUUGAAAUUUUUGGUCUUUUUGUGGCUAAUGAAAUGAAAAGUCUAUCGAGUUCUGCACUUCAGAAAAAGCUUAAAAGGAAAAUUCUUUCGUGCAUCUUGGAAGUGAAUAAUGAAGAUGGCAAUGAGAGUACUUAGAAUUAAAUCAUAUCACCUCUUUCAAAGAUUCUUAU